AAUGUCUUAACAUGACAGAUGUUAAUGGUCACCAGUAUGAGGAAUACUCUGUAUGUGAAAUAUGACUGUUGUGUGAAUGUGAAUGCAGCCAGUCAGGCGGCUGCUGAGGCUCGGGGUCGAGCGGGCAGACAGUCUGCGGCUGCGUCUAGUUUCACAGGAAUGACUUUACAAGAAGCCCAACAGAUACUGAACAUCUCCACAUUAACACCAGAGGAGAUUCAGAAGAAUUAUGAGCAUUUAUUUAAAGUCAAUGACAAAACUGCUGGCGGUUCUUUCUAUAUACAGUCAAAGGUGGUACGGGCUAAAGAGCGUCUGGAUGAAGAACUCUCCAUUCAACAGCAGCACCAAACCAAACCUCCAGACCAGCAGCAGGAGACGUGAGCUCCAUCCUCAUACACCUCCACUGUAAUUAUGACCCAGACUUCCAAUAAAACUUGAUCUUUUUGUACAUUAAAAAUGUCAAUCAUUUCUUUAUUCAUCCGUCAGAGUGCAGGAGUAUUUUCUGGACAUUACGUUGCAAGGUAAUUCAUCUCAAUGUUCUCGAGCUCUAGAAUUGUUGCACUUCAUUCAGGAGCUCAUGGAACUUUCUAACAGUUAAAAAUGUACACGACCAUUCAAAAGUUUGGUGUCAGAUUUUUUCAUGUUUUUAUCUCUUCUGC